GAUCCCUUGGUGGUGGUGAGUGGCAAGGAGGAUGUCAACAUGCCCGUGUUCCGAGGCGAUCCCUGUGGAAUAACUUGCCUAAUUCUCACCUACGCGGCGAUAUUCUACGCGGACUAUGUCAUCGUCAACUGGGUGGUGCUACAGACUAUGUCCACAAGCCUGUGGGGUGCGGUGCAUGCAGUGUUCUUCAAUGUUAUUGUCUUCUUGACAAUAAUGGCACAUGUGCGGGCGGUGUUCAGUGAUCCGGGCAUUGUUCCUCUACCUCAGAGUCGGCUGGAUUUUUCAGACAUGCAUGCUGGAGGAGAAAAGAAUGAUGACUGGACUGUCUGUGCUCGAUGUGAAAUGUAUCGCCCACCAAGAGCUCACCACUGUCGCAUAUGCCAGCGCUGCAUCCGUCGCAUGGACCACCACUGUCCCUGGAUAAACAAUUGUGUUGGAGAAUGGAACCAAAAGUAUUUCUUGCAAUUCUUGAUGUUUGUGGGAGUGAUGGCCAUUUAUGCCGUCUCUCUUAUUGCGUAUUCAUGGAUCAAGAGUUGUCCUGAGUGUUCCAAAGAUAUGAUAGUGAAGCAAGGCAGACUAUUACAUUCGGUUAUAUUAAGUAUGGAGAGCAUCUUGUUUGGUCUGUUUGUUCUUGCCAUCAUGUGGGAUCAAAUGCAAGCCAUCCUCACUGAUGAGACAGCUGUAGAACAGGUAAAGCGUCAAGGUCCCUAUCGUGCACGUCGACCAAAGAUGGUUCUCCUGCGGGAGGUGUGUGGCCGCAGCCAGCCCCUCCUUUGGGUAUUUCCUUGCACCAGUGCCCCGAGGAACACUGAACCAUCUUAUAAUGUAACUAUUUAGAGUACGACUAUUUAAAACUAUUUUAAGAUCUGAUCUCAAAUUGAUUCACACACACACACACACACACACACACACACACACACACACACACACACACACACACACACACACACACACACACACACACACACACACACACACACAUGUUUAUGCAUUUGAAGCACUUACCUAUGAUCCUUGAGGUAAAGAGAGUGCCUGAUAAUUACAGUUCUUGAAACCUUCCAUACUCCAUGUGGAUUUGGUAUGAAGAGCAGAAACUUCACCAGAUGCAAGUGUGACAAUUAUGUACUCUUUCGUUGUUACUUGUUCUGCUUUACAUAUUACGACCUUGAGGUGAGAUGUUAACAAAUUCUCAUUAGAUGCAUACAUUUGGAUAUCACUCAUGAAUACAUGCCAUACCAUUGCUGCCUCUCAGUGGACAGCAGGGAUAUAUUUCACAUCUUUAUUUGGAGUACACAAGUUAGAUGUUUUUUAUAUUAUGUGUUGUCAUGCGUUCAGUUGUGUAAAUGUUAUCGUGUAAAUUAAUUUCAUUUGUUGCGACAAAAUUGAGUUUGUUGUGACAUGUAAUUUGUCCAAUACUUUUCAUCAUCAUUAUUGUUAUUAUUAUUAUUAUUAUUAUUAUUAUUAUUAUUAUUAUUAUUAUUAUUGUUAUUAUUAUUAUUAUUGUUGCUGUUGUUGGUUUUAUUAUUAUUAUUAUUGUUGUUGGUUUUAUUAUUAUUAUUAUUAUUAUUAUUAUUAUUAUUAUUAUUAUUUUAGAAUGAUUAUUUUUUUUUUUUUUGUUUCACACCCAUCAGAAAUAUACAGAAUACUUUAAACAAAUAUGACACAAAACCAGUUGGAAUGAGUUUGUUUAUGUAAGAGUUUGAGGGAUUGGCAGAAAUGCUUAAUCUCCAGUUGAAUAUAUGCCAAACUUGUUUUUUCUUUGUCAUUUGCAGGUUUUACUUUUAACCAAAAGGAAACAAGGAACAGAAUGUUCCCAUCUGUUUCCUUCACUCAGUAAUCAUUUUCUUGCAUGUGUUUCCUACUCAGUCCAGUUUCUUAUAUGUUAAAUGCACUAAAGUGUAUUAUAACUAGAUAUUUAUUUAUACAUGUCUUUAUGGAAUUUGUCAUAUAUUGCACCAUCAUUGUUUUAUGAUUAAAUUUUUUAAAUUUUAUAUUUGAGGUUCUCAAGAUCUUUUUGGAAAAGAAAAUUUAUUGUAAUCAACAAUGUGCUUGUUAAUUUAUGUUCCUGAUUUUCUGGAAACUAGGAAUUAAAUUGAUGCGGCAACAGCAUCACAGAGUAAUUCUAGGAAUUGUUAAGAUUUUUUUGACAAAGAAUCAUUGUUUACAGUAGCACCACUCACAUCUGUCUAAGACUAAUUGUUAUGUACAUUGAAUUUAAUGCCAUGGUGACACAACAAAGUGUUAGGCUCUGACAUGAUAAGAAAAGGGAUUAAGCAGCUGUACUCUUGAUGCAUUAGGUUAGAUCGGGUGGUGAAAAUGUGAGCGAAAGUAGACAUGUGCUCAUAUGCUUUAAUGGGUAUUGUAUGUGUGCUGCAACAAGACCAUUCAGUUUAUUUUACUGAAUUUCUUGAUCCAGAUUUCUUAAAAAUGAAUGCCACAGGCUGGUCAAGUCUUACCUCACAUGCAGCAAUGGAAAUUUCAAAGGGUCUUCCUUCUUCCACCAGACCUUUAACCAUUUUUGCAGUUCAUGUUUGGGUCCUUCUGCAUCUGCCCAGCAUCAUUCUAUAUGGUAGCUUUGGUUUACUCAGGUCUCAUCUACAAAGUACAUUUUGGAUAAAGAUUUUAUGUUGUAUAUUUCAGUUAAUGAACUUGAAUUAGUGGAGGUUAAUUUUCAGUAAGUUUGAAAGUUGUAUUGCUAAUGAAGAUAAAGCUUUACCCAAAUUUUUCUUGAUAUUUUUGUGUUAGUGGACUGUAUCUCGAUAUCUUGACUUGAAAUGGUGCAUGGGAACAGAUAGAUAAAUAUGGGUAAUGAGGGAUGUACAAUGGGAUUUUUUGGAGAUAGUUGUGCUGUAGUGAGAAUUACAAUACAGAGCUGCAUUAUAUCUUGGACCAAAGAAAUUUUGCUUCCUUAGCUUUGACCUGGACAACUCUAUAAGUGAUCUUAAACUUGUCAUUCCAGUUUCUACCAAUAUUUGAUAGUAUCAGCACUAUCUGUGUCAAUUUUAGAGGUUGUUAUUUUUUUCUAGUAUGCAGAAUUCCAUUAAUCUUUAAAGGAAGAAAAAUACAGGUGGCAUUUCCUUAGUUCCCCUCCUCAUUCUUCCUUCUCAUUUGUCUUUGUUGAGGGAAGGCCACGGUGGAGGGUCACUGUCCUCUCUGCUGACAGCCAGUCGUAGUGCAUUUUAUGCAGUGGCUUUUAAGUUGGUGAUCAAAUGAAAGUUAAAGAAAUAUUCUAUGGAUUACAGAGUGGGUGGUUGCACAUGAAUUUUCCUUGAUUUUACUUUGAUGAACUAAAGAAAUUUAUUGCAGUAUUGAACCAAAUUUCUAGCAGAUCAAACAUUGUUUUCCUUAACAACAGCCAGCUUAUCCAUAUGUAGACUUGAUCAAAUUUAUUAUUGAAUUUUAUGAUUUAUAUAUUUCAGUUAUAUGAAGUUAGAAUAAUCUAGUCUGAAUUUAUGAACUUCUUUACAGUAGUUGUGUAUUUUUGUUGAUAUUGAUAUAGAAUUAUUUUCUUUAAUUAGUAGAAUCAUAUUCUUUAUUUAGGAUUUAUUGUUUAUUCUCAUUGUCUGUAAGUUCAGUUUAAAAAUACUAUGUCUUUGAAUCAUUGCAAUAACAUAAUUGUAUACAUUACUUUGAAGUCCAAAGUGCUGACUUGUAAUACGACAUAUCAUUUAGGGUUCUUUUGCAAAUACAUACCUACAUGAAAUAAGUAACCUGUUAGCUUUUUGGUCGUCACUACAAAACGGCAGACAGUCAAAACCAAAGACAAUUAUCUUGUAAAACAUUACUGUAAGAUAACAAUAACAUUCAUUGUAUUUUGCUAUGAUAAUUAAAAAAUAUAAUUUGAUAGAAGAAGACCAAAACAAAAUCCUCUGAUGUUUGCCUGUUUUGUGGUCACAUUCAUAUUUUUUUAUGACUCACUGAAGUGGCCAUCUACUUACCCUGUUUUUCUGCCACCAACCUGUCUUGCUCAGUGUAUGGAAGGGAUUUAAAUCUUGCAAAUUAAAAACUAUUCAUGAUACUGGUAACUGUUAAACCUAAAAUGUUCUUUUUCCUGAUAAAUCAACAUUCAGCAUUGAUGGCAGUGCCCAGGAUAUGUUAUUAGAUGUAUCUUGUUGGUUUCAAAAUGUUGCCAUAUAUUUUAGAUGUAAUGAUUCCUCAUUCCCGACUACUUUAUUGUAUUUAUAUUGAAAAUUCAUUCUGAUAUUUGAAUUUUGCUACAAUUAAGUUUAGUAAUGAAGACAAGAUGUGUUUUAGGAAUACAAGCAUUUUGUUUCUCCUGGUAGAAUUUUUUUUCCUGGUUAGAUGAAAAUACUACAACAAACUCAUGGUAGCAGAGAUUUUGCUUUAACUUAUAUGUUACCUCAGCUACUUUCAAAAAGGUAAACAUUACCUAAAGAAAUAAUGUGAUGAGACAGCAUAAGAAUAUGGUAACCAAGCCCUUUGAAAAAAAGUAAAGGAGCCAAGAGAGUUUUAAAAGCAGAGUUAUUAUCCAUUGUCUAUGAAAUGGUAGCUUUGAUAGGUUAGAUGAUUUAAUGGACUGAAAAGAUCAUUACAUUGGUGUGAGUCAUAGCACGGUACCUGUCAGGGAAUACUUCAUCAUUGAAGUACUUGUUUGUUGCUUUACAUAAUAUCUUGCACUUGGUUUGAUUAAUGAGGUUUUAUUUGGAGCAGCAGACAGGUCUUACAGGAGACUUAGUCAUAAGAAAAUUUUAUUUGGUAAUGAUGAAAGAAGAAUAGAGCCCGCACAGCUAAGCAGCUCAUACACAAUUCUUAAGUUGUUGUUGUAUCAUUUAAGGUAAUUUGGUUGUGAUAAUGUUAUGUAUUCUUUUACAUAACUAAUUUAUUUCUGCAACACUCACUUAGAAAAUGAAAAAGUAUUUGUAAAAUUAUUUUGGUCAGAUUUGUGAUUUGAUUAAAUGUUGCAUAUCAAAGAGGCAAAAAAUACAAUUAGAUAGCUUUCCAACAAGUUGUGUGAAAUUAAUUUAAGUGAUUGGUUCUGUUUGUUGGUAGAUCUUUGUCAAGAAGUGCUAUAGUACUGUAAGGGGGAUAUUACUGAAAUGGCACUGAAUCAUGGAUAAUAAUGAAGAAAAAAAAGUUGACUUUUCAUACAACAUUUAGUAUAAGGUAUCAUAUUUCUAGAAAAAAAUAUAUGGUCAGCCCAACAAUUUUAUUGUAACACGUGUAUUUUAUUUAUUUAUUUUACUGCAAUGUGUUCUGAACACUAAUAUUGCAGUCUAAGAGGAAUAAAUAUUUAUUGAAUUGAGGACUAUUGGGACUGAAUCCCUUAUGCCAAUAUGCCAGUAUUUUGUGACAAUCAUCCAUAAUGUUACAUUCUAGCGAACAAGUUAAAUGUGAUGCAACACAAAAAUGGCAAUAUGUAUGUUUCCUCAUCUUACGUUUACAAUGUUCAUACCAAUGUCCAGUGUCCCUCUUAUUCAUUGAAGUUUGCUCUUGAUUACCUCAAAAUUUGUUGCAAAAUCCAUGCCAAUGUAAAAGAAGAAGAAAAAAAAAAAAAGAUAAAACCAAUAGAAGUAGAAGGCCUCUGUUGUCUGUGUGUCUUGUCACAGGAGAGUCUUGAGUAUACUGUAAUGAAUUCAUUCUAAAUACUGUUUCAGGUUAAAUGUAGCACCUUACAUACUUAACAGUACAAGUCAAACACUAGGAGGGUGUACAACGUAUGGAUACCAUUUUCCUGGAUCAACAUGCUGAAUUUUGUUGCAGCAUUUUUUUUUUCUUUUUUUCUAAGUUUUAAAGAUGGAUAUAUAUGUAGUUGUAUUAAGUCUUCAGAAAUACAGUAGAUUUUAUAGCCUUCUGUAAAAAUGCUAUUUACAUAUUAUAGCAAAAUGAUUUUAUCAGUAAAUUUAUACAAAGUA